CGCCUAUUCUGUUUUUUUUAUUUUCUUUGGUGUAAUUCCUGGAGGACGAAAAUUCAAUUAACCAGCAGGGGAAAAAGAAAAAAUGGCUGGCUUCAUUCGAAGAACAAUCCUCUCUGCCUCAAAACCCCUGACUAAUGGCUGCCGAUCACGACUCGCAACUGCAUCUUCACUUCUCCAAUACGAACCAUACGCGACCAGCACAGUCCACAAAUCGCCUUUCAAAGCCAACAUCCUCAGAAUCCUAAGCAACGAGAUCGAGUACCAGCACGACUACGCGCCGCCCCAUCAGCCUGCCACGAGUUUCAAUUCAUUUACGUUCCAAGAUCGACCGGGAGAGAAGUGGGUGACAAUGAGGGGAAAACAUGGAGACAAUGAGGAAAUUAAAAUUGAAGUAACUAUGUUUGACGGGUGUGUGUUUGUUCCUAAACCUGGGGAAGACAGCUCCGGGGAAGAUGUGCUUCUUCACAUUAGCUUGCUUGUUGAUAUUUCCAAGGGUCAAGGUUGUCCUGAAUUAGAAUUUUUGUGCUCGGCUUGGCCUGGCCGGUUAGAGAUUCAGAGAGUUUACUUGCUAAAUCGCAAUAGGAUUAUGACUAACCCUUACAUGGGACCUGAUUUCAGGAAAAUGGAUGGGAAACUUCAAAAGAUGCUUUAUGAUUACUUAGAAGCGAGGGGGGUAAAUAGUGAACUUUGUGUUUUCCUGCAUGAGUAUAUGAUGAACAAGGAUAGGAUUGAACUUAUCCAAUGGUUGGGAAAUGUCAAAUCCAUUGUGGAGAAAUAGAGUGAAUUUUGUUUUUAAAUUUUUGAUCUCGCUAAUUAGAAAUUUUCUAUACUAGGUUCAUGAUAUUUUUGGUUUAGAUUCCUCUUUGCUUUGUGGCCAUCUAAUGUGGAACAUAAAACCCGAAUUGAUCAACCAUAUUGUGGCAUUUGACUGCUAUCAGUUUUAUUGUCUUGCUCUAACUUAGCUGAUGAAUUUGUGAAGGUAAGCAUUCUCUUUGUGAAAAAUCUGUAGUGGUGCUGGUAAUGAAUAGUUUCUAAGGAUUCUUUGUAUUUGAAGACUCUCGUUUUAGAGUUUUGAUAUGUUUUAACCAAAUUUUAGGGUCUGAAAGUGGUCAACAACCUGUAUGUGCAGUGCUGUAUCAAGCCUUGCCAUUGAACUAUAAUGAUGUUGUCUCAUAAUAUUCCUUAAGUAACUUAUGGUAUCUGCUAUUAUCACUUCUAUGUUGUAUGCCUAUCAAAGCGUUAUAUUGGAAGGAAUUACUGAAAAGACAUUAAAUUUAAAAUAAAACUAACUCAAGUAUAUAAAACCUUUUCCCCUGGGAAAAAAAAGAAAAGAAGGGAAAGAAAGAUAUGCUCCAAUAGCAUCAAUUUCUGUACGGACAUUUACAUUUGACCUUUCCUAUCAAUCUAUUGUUCCAUCCUUCCCUGCUAGCAGGAAGCUUAGACAUUAAUAGUUGAAAUCUCUAUAUGAUGGAUGCAAGCAUAUGGUUUGGUAGCCUCAGCCUAUCUUAGUACCAUUAACUAAAGUAUUCCUACCUCCACUGAAUCUAUCUUGGUAUUGCACAGCUUACAAUGAUCAAUGUAGUAUACUGUAGUUCUAUUAAGUGAUGUGUUGCUUUAAGACAAAAUCAAUUGCUCAUUCUUCUUUGCUUUUCUUAAUUGGAAACUCCUCACUUUAAAUCUCAAGAAAUUACAGUGGUGAUUCUGCCAGGUAUGCUUCAUUCAUUCUUUUGAUUUAUACAACAUAAGUGAGCUAUUAUGUCUUGAAAUUUGUUCAUUUUAGCAGCUCUUAACAAGGUUCUGGCAUUUAUUGUCUUGAGAGAAAGCAAUUAUUUGUAGGUCUCAACAAGCUAGUAUUGAUUUUCUUGGGAAGUUUUUGCUUCAACUCAUUGUUACUGACUUACCAUAUUACUAUAUUGAACCUUUUCUGCUAUAUAUGUUGCAUGAAGUAACUAGUUUUCACUUCACUUGUUUCUGAUUGAUUCCUGCAUGAUUUGUAGACCUUGUCUCUUGGUCAGCCCUGAGUAGUCUGAAUAGGAUUUGAAACUUUCACUGAAUAGUUGAUAAUGUAUCUUUACAUAGCUCCACUAUCCCAACUAUUAUAUUUCUCUUGUGACUGAAGAUAGAGCUUUAGCUGAAAUUUGGAUUCACAUACACAUUGGACUUGGGUUGCAAUUGUUUGUUUGUCUAGUUUAGUGGAUGGCACUAGGGUAGUUGCCAGUCACACCGUUUGUUUCCUACCAGUAACGUGCCCCAUACAGUUCUCUACUGAUGAUUCAGCAUUUUUGGUUUCUUGUGAUUCCUUUUUUUAUUUCUUCAAUAAUUUUUUCAGUGUCUUAUAACAGCUGUCUAAUUUG